AUGCCUCUUGUCAUCAACACUGCUCCAGUCGAAUUAACAACCACUGAAGGUUACAACGAAUUCAUCAAAUCUCCACUAUGCAAUGAACAUUCAACCAUUUUCCCAAAUGAAACAAGUGAUCAAGGUUAUGUCUAUGUAAAUGAUGAAGUUGUUGCCAUUGUUCGUGGUGAAGCUAGAGAUUCUUUAUUCAACUAUACUAGUUCUAAUCUGGUUAGAGAUGAUAAAGAAUCUAUUGUUUCUGUCAUCAGUUUUACGAAGGUGUUCAUUACAUUAUUAUUAGUUGUUUAG